CUUGACGAGACCGAAAUUAUUGUUCCUCCCAACCCCAUGCUCCUGAAUGUGCCGCUUGGAAAGGCGAUAUUGAUCGAUUCCCACGCUCCCGCACUUCACAAUUCCAUACACCUGGUGCUCUACAGUUUUACGAUAUCGCAUAAUCCGACCCAACAAAACCUCCUCGACUCUUCUUCCCCAUCAUGAAUGAUGGCUAGGCUCAACGAACCUCCUGUGUCUACGGACAGCUUCGAAACGCUCCGGCGGAAGUUUCUGCGACAGAACCGAGAGAUUGUAAGGAUCAACUCCAACCAAUCGCAGCGUAUAAGGGAAUUGGAAAAUGACUGCGCCCGGAUGCUCUCCGAAAACCUCGACCUUCGCGGUCAAGUCUUUCAUCUGCAGAAAGAGUUGGAAACCAAUUCUGCCCAACGGAUUGCCGAUCAUGCGCUCCAAGUGAAGGCCAAGAUGGAAACCCAACUCGAGGAGCUCGGCUCUCUUCUCGCUGGACUGGGCCUCGAGCCACCAACAAAGCGGCAUUCCCACUCUGGCCGCAAAAUUGCCCACGCAAAAUCAGGAUUCAGCCGUAGUCCACGGCAGAGGAAGCUACGGAAUGCGGCGAACGACUCUGAAGCGAUGCAGGAAGGACGCCUCCCCCCUAUCCACGAAAACAAGACAUAUCCUCGGGCGACCUUGAACAGUGAAGAGAUACAGGCAUUAUGCUCUGAGGCUGCAGAUGCUGCAGAUUCGCCUGUUCUAGGACCCCCGCCAAUCUCCAGAUUCGUCGACGAGGAUCAGGUGAAAGUCGAAUCUCCCAGGAAAACGGCUGACAAUAUCAAGCUGGAAUCGGAGAUCCAUGACCCUACCGGAAGGGCAGAGGCCGCCGCGCCACCGCCGAAACUCGAUUUUUACAAGGCACCGGCAUUUGAUAGGGGGACGAAACGAUCGGACGAAACAUCAGAGCCUGUAAAGACUGAAAGGCUUGCUCAAGAAACAACCCCUUCACUAGUCUCACAAACGCUUAGAGCAGGCUCUAAGAGGAAGCUCGGCGACGAAAACCAUGUUGUCAAAGUGGCCAAAUCUCCAGGGAAGCCGAAUUCAGUUGGGUUCAGCACAGAAAGGCUUGGGCACGGUCAAGACCUGCAGAGGCAGAGAAACAUAAGGACCCUCUCGACAAGUGGCCGGGCCCACAAGGAGAAGAAGACACAGGGAGCUGGGCCAGCCGCCACCAAUCCGCGAAGAGCACUUGCUACAAAGAGCACGAAUGAAGAUGUCGCGUCUCCAAAGAAACAGGCAAGAGAUGCCAAUUUGGAGACAAUCAAGCCGGGGAAACCACACGGCCUAAGGAGCGAGACACCGAAAGAACGAUCAGCUCAAAGGAAGACUCCUGCUCCCGUCGAUAUCCCAGAACCUCCGACAGCACCCACGGUCGCCACGAUUCCGGCACCUGAGACUCCAAUCCCGGAUACGCCUCUGAUUGUCCCGGAGACGCCAGGUCAUUUGGCGCCUAGAGAUUCUACUCGGGAUACGCCACCACCCUCUGACAUCUCGUCAAUGGGGGAAACAUCGCGUCCAAGUCGGCGGGUGAGGGCAUCUAUUAGCUAUGCAGAGCCAAAUCUCAGGGACAAGAUGCGCCGCCCAUCCAAGGACCUAGUUGACGCCGUGACCGGAGAAGGCAAAUAUAUUCACAGGUCAGGCCAACCGAAGCCCGACGACCACGGCCCCGCCUCAAUAUCAACAAUGGGCUCCGAGUCCGAAGUCUCGGGCAAUUGGAGGAACAUUCCGGCGGCCGAGGCUUUGGCAAAGGAAGCUGCUCGGAGACAAAGCGUUCUGAGCCCCCUAGCUGCAAAAGAGUCGACAGCAGACCCAAUACCUACAACCAUCGUUACGGAGAGAAGGAAACGUAUAUCCUCAAUCGGUACGAGGGAGACGCUGAGCCCAAUGGAGACAUCAGACAACAACAAGUCUAGCUCAAGCUCUCGGGAUAUCCCUACGCCAGCGACGGUAUCGGCAACUGUGAGCCAUGGUGGCGAUGUUUAUGACUUCAAUACCUCGUCCCCUAUGUCUAACACGAAAGACUCACACGACGAGGAUGAGGGAGACCCCGGGACCAUCACCGUGCGCCAGCCUUCGAAGAGUUUGAGGCGGUCUUCAACGUCCACCAGGGAUAUCUCUUCUGGCUCAGACAUGUUUCCCACGGUGAAACCCCCAAAGGCCCCCUCGUCGAGAAAGCGGGCGUCUAUGGUUGCAUUAAAGAAGGGUCCGAUGUUACAAUUCGACGAUCCAGAUGAGUCAAAUGGGGAUGACGAAGGCCCAAUGGCAAGGGGCAGGUUGUCAAGGCGAAGGAGUAUGAUGCUAUGAUAGAAUGACCACUGGUACAGCGACUGGCGUUGGCGUUUUCUGGAUAAGACUGCUGUUCACUCUCUUCAUAGACGUUGCACAGGGGGUGUUUGGACUUUUCAUGUACCAUACGUACGUAAUCCAGAUGUUUGACGACGAUACCAUUGGAGUUUUCAAAUGGAG